AUGCGCUUCGCUUCAGGCAUCAUCAUAGGCCUUUUGGCUGCCAACGGCCUUGCUCAAACAGUGGCAGACUCAGAUCAACAACCAGAGCCUUCGGCCAUCGCCGAACCUCAACCUUCAGAACCCGCAGCGGAACCUUCAGCGCCUGCUGCAGAACCUUCGAGUCCAUCAGACAAUGACGACGACGACACACCACAAACAGUUGCGCAGCCUACAGCUGUCCCAGAACCCACUGCAGACGAGCCCGUAGCCACAGGGGAUGCUUCCCAAGUCUCUGGGGGAGAACAGCCUACAGCUACAGCAACCGACGAUGAUGACGACGAGGAGGCUACAACGGCGGCCGAGGGAACAGCAACUGCAGACGCUACUGCUACCGACGAAGAUGCCACAGCUACAGAGACCGAAACAGACGAUGACGAUGCGACGGAUACAGCCACCCUAACGGCCACCGAGAGCGCAGCUCCAACAAGCACCGGUGCCGUAGUAGAAGUCGAUCUCAAGAACGCGACUAUCGGCGACAACGCAGAGCUGAUUAAAGUCGACGGAAAGACUGCUAUAAAACUCAGCGCUCCCGCCAACGGCCAGGCAACGUUUACCGUCCCCGUCGACACCGAUAGCGAUAACUUUGACGAUGACGACCUCAUCUAUAUUGUCGCAUCCAUCCUCGUAGGGGAAGGAAGCGCCAAACUCCGAAAGAGAGCUACAAAAACGGACUGCACCCUGCAGAUCCAAGCCGGCAGCGCAAACGUCUACAGCGAACCUCUAUACACAACCGAUGGCAAGUUCCAGGACAUCAAGAGUAACGGCAUUCGGUCGUCGGAUAAUCCCGGCGCUGCGAACGUGCAAGUUACGCAGUCGUGUGGUGACAAACCUUCGCCUCUUACUGUUGGCAACGUUCGUGCUGGUACCGACAGUGGAAUAAAGUCAAGCUCUGGAUCUGGCGGCAGCGGAGGUUCUGGAGGCAGUGGAGGUGGAAGUGGCGGGAAGGGUGGUAAUGGCAGCGGUAGCGGUAGCGGCUCAGGAACAUCUACAGCAGAUGGAGCCAAUGCAAGCGAGACUGGUGAUUCUGGUAACGUCGGAUCCAAGGCCAGGGCCAGCAUUGGGGCUCUUGCUGCCGCUGUUCUGGCAGCCGCUGCAUUUGUUUAA